GCCAUGUUGGUUUUCUCUUGGUCCGUUGUGGCUCUGCUGCUGGUGUCGUCUUCCUGGGCCGAGGAAGGGAAGGAGCUGUCUGUUGGUGAGCUGCUGGAGAGGGCCAACAGAAACCGCGUUCCUCGCUUGGAUGAGCCCACACUGAUCGGAGGAGACAUUGCCAUCAGAUCUGAGGCUGACAGAAACGCUGACCCCUGCACCACCAGAGGCUGCUUGUGGCUGAAGAACUAUGAUGGGAACGUCUACAUCCCCUACUACAUCCAGAACCACUACAGCUCCCGGGAGCGGGCUAUCAUCGUUCGUGGACUGGAGUCUUUCUCUACAUUUUCCUGCAUCCGUUUCAGACCCUAUCAGAAUGGGGAUCAUGAAUGGCUGAGCAUCGAGUCCGAUAGUGGCUGCUACUCCUAUGUGGGUCGUCAAUAUACUGGUGGUCAGACGGUGUCUCUGGACCGUCAGGGAUGUGUGUACCACAGCACCGUCCAGCACGAGCUGCUCCACGCCCUCGGCUUCAACCAUGAACAAACCCGCUCCGACAGGGACAGCUACAUCAAGGUUUACUGGGAGAACAUCAUUGAUAACAUGAAGUACAACUUCGACAAGAUUGCCACUCUGAACCAGGGAACUCCUUAUGACUACAACUCUGUCAUGCAAUAUGAGAAGUACGCCUUCAGCAAGAACGGCUAUGCCACCAUGCUGCCCAUUCCUAACAGCAAUGUAGCCUUUGGCCAGGCCACACAAAUGAGCCAGAACGACAUUGAUAGGUUGAACAGACUCUACGGGUGCUAAAAUGCGCCUGUGACCGCUGAUCUGACACUGUAAUGACUUCACAGCAUGUCCAGGAAGGAGAUGUGGAUUUCGUGCAGGUGGCAGUUUAAGUUGCAGACCUCUUUAAAGCAUUAAAAUCUGAUUGCUGUCUGACUAUUCAAUAAAAUGGCAAACAAUA